UUUCGUCAAAAACCCAAUUUCGAAACUUCCAACUUUUAGGAAUUUAGGCUGUUGGCUGAGGCUCCAAUCAUCUCUGUGCGAAGGUUCUUGUUCUUGGCAAGCAGCAAUGUUGAAGUUCCUGUCUAAAGUGAAGAUCGAAUUCAAUGCCCUGGAUCCACGCUUAGCUUCUUGUAUGGAAUUUUUGGCGCAGUGUAAUGCUCGCAAGGCCAAGGAAUCGAACCCCGCUUGUCAGUUGAUCGUCAAGCGCCGAACCGACGACCAGCCGCCCCAGAUCGCCGUCACCUUCGUCAACGGAGUUGAGGAGGUUUUCGACGCUACCUCCACUCCUGCUCAAACUAUUAGGAAUAUGAUUCUUGAGAAGGGCCAACUCCUUGAGACCGAGCAAAUGUUCCGAGAGGCUGGCGAAACUUGGCCGAUCGUCAUCCCCGAGGAGGAGCUUCGUCAACCUACUCCCAGCAUCAAGCCUAGAAAAGCAGAAGACAAGCAGUAACUUCGUUGCAAUUGACCAAUUUCAUAGCAAAUCUUGAUUUUUGUCUUCCUUGCGAUGGACCCGAAAGAAGAGAGGACAACAUGCAACCGUAGAAUGUAAAAAAUGGAAUUGGUUUCCAUGCAAUAAAAAUCUGAUUCUAGGAUGUUUUCAUUCUACAUUUCAUACAGAUGCUGCUUGUCUUCUUAAAUGUGAAAGAAUUCCACAUCAAGUUCCAAAUGUAGCCUGUGGAUGGUGUUGGUUUUUAUGAACCAUUUACUGAUCAUACUAAGUGGGAGUUAGAAGUUGAGUUUAAACAGGUAGGAUCUGUCACGCACUCGCAUCCAAAUAAAAGUCUUAUGCUUUAAGAAA